AUGUCACAGUUUAAAAGAAAAGCUUUGAUUGAUUUGAUAUUGCUUAUUUAUAUUAUUUUGAGUAUUAAUGCUCAAAAUCAGACUUGCCAGCUUAUGAUGUGUACUAGAUCAGACAAUCUUGAGGCUGUUGCUAUAAUCAAUAGUGAAAGUGAUGUAGCAGGUGCAGAGGCAUUUAUGGCUAGUAGUUGUCCAGGAGUAACCAACAUUACCAAAUGUGAUAUUAAGUGCAAUGGGCCGUAUGAUUCGAAAAAUUCCAGUACAUACUGUAUUAUGUUUGGAAAAAGUGUGCUCAAACUUGCUGCUAUACCUAUACACUUACAACAUGUGAUCAAAGUGUACUGA